AUGUCUACUGCCGAGCAAGAGCCCAUGAAGCGGUCAGCGAAGCCAAUCUCAUCCGAAGACAAGACGCCGCUUCCACCGAAGCAGUCGAAGUCAGUGACCACUGUUGCAGUCUACCCAUUCUGUCCUGAAGGACGAUCUUAUCGUCCACGUCAACAUCCAGCACUUAUUCAAUCUGGAAGCAAGUCCCCGCUACGUCGCCCCUAUCGGGACCGGACUCCAUUCGAACUUAUUUCUGAGCUCGCUAAGGGCAACUUUAAUUCCGAUUCUGCUUCCUACGAGGACGACGACGCUUUAGAAGAUCAUAGCGUCCCUCCAUCGCAACGUCUCUCAUUACGAAUCGCGCAGUCGUUAACGCUCGCUGCCAACUACGAUCACACGUUCAGUGUUGAGCAGCUAGCAGCUCGCGAUUUCGUCAUGAUUGACGCAUUCCUUCGUCACAACACCUACGAUGGAUUCCGUGAUGCUAUCGCAGAAGCCACAUAUACUCCCACACCAGCGGAUCUGAAUUAUCCGCCUGUGAAGAAGUACACUGUCUACUUACUCGUGCAGGCGUACAAAGCCCUACAUACGGCUAUUCAGAAAUCGAAGUCACUCAUUACGGAUCUCUCCACGCACUCGGAAUAUUGGAAGUCUGAGGAGAAACUAGCCGAACUGUAUGAAGAUCUACUUGCGCUCCUCUACAAUAUUCAGACCCAUCGCAACACUCUGUCUGAUCUAAUUAUUCAGCACGUGCUGAUCCCGAUCGAGGACAAUAAGGAAUUCGUUGAUAUUCUGGCUCACUAUAACAUCACCAUCAACUAUAUCAAGCUGAUCUGCGCAACUGCCACAGCAGAGACAGCCACCGGAUUCCUUACGUUAAAGAAGAUUAAUUCCGCUAUUGCACGACUCCACAACAUCACACUUGAGUCGUCACUACCAGCUGAGUCAAUCGACCACAACGAUAUUCCGACUGUCGAGGGCAUGCGCGCAGUUACUGGAGGUCCUGUGCCUAUUUCACCUACUCCACUGGAGCCCGAAACGAAGUCUAUUCCUAAACCUGCUCCAGCUAGCACCUCCACGCAACUGCAUAUUCGGUCAUCUACUUCUGUUACGACUACGGCGCACUCAUCUACUCCACAACACGUAACCGUUUCGGUUGCGCCUAACGAUUCACUGUCUGCCUCAGUAUGCUCUUCUUCUCAGGACCGUAGAUCAACAAGGACAGUUCGCACAGUACGCGCAGUUGCAGUUAGCCGUUCACCAUCAGCGCACUCGGACAAGCGCAAGCAGAAGCCAGCGAAGGAGUCUCCAUCUCCCAGCUCUUCGUGCAAGCAGUCACCUCGGAGACAAGAGAAGCAGCCUACUCCCGAUCUGGUCUGUCACUUCUGCAAGGCCACUGGCGCACACUUUAGCGCAGGUUGCCCCAACAUCAAGAGUCUGUCAGAUCGCGCCAUCACCGCAGUCUCUGAUGGCAAAUGUCUGCAUUGUCUGAAAAAGCACUCGCCCCGAUACUGCAGACGAGAUACUCCAUGUCUUAGCCGUUCACCGUCAGCGCAUUCGGACAAGCGCAAGCAGAAGCCAGCGAAGAAGUCACCAUCUCCCAGCUCUUCGCGCAAGCAGUCACAAGAGAAGCAGCCUACUCCCGAUCUGGUCUGUCACUUCUGCAAGGCCACCGGCGCACACUUCAGCGCAGGCUGCCCCAACAUCAAGAGUCUGUCGGAUCGUGCCAUCACCGCAGUCUCUGAUGGCAAAUGUCUGUAUUGUCUGAAAGCGCACUCGCCCGGAUACUGCAAACGGGAUAUUCCGUGUCGUCUCUGCGAUUCUACUGAACACCAUCCGGCACUGUGCCCCUACAGUCACUACAUAGUUCGCGACAUCGGUCCCGAUGUCGAUAAGUUCUUCUCAGCUAUGUACGUGAUCUACGAGAACUACCAUCGCCAUCAUUAA